AUGGAGCGUGUAUACGCAACCGUAGCGGCUUCGUUCAUUUUCUUUCAUGUCAUCCGCACCAUCUACCGACGCCUCUUGAGGUUUGGUAUAUCUGACAUCCCUGGCCCAUCAUCUCCAUCGUUUGUCUACGGAAAUCUUCUUCAAAUAUUUCAAGAGCAAGCUGGUACCUAUGAUUUUGCGUGGCAGGAGGAAUUCGGUGGUGUAUUUCGUGUUAGGGGUCCUUUUGGAGAUGACCGACUCAUGAUAUCGGAUCCCGAAACCCUGCAUUACAUGUUCCACACAUCUGGGUACGAUAUAAUCAAGCAACCUGAACGUAAGGAGCUCUCCCGCCUCCUCACCGGGAGGGGUCUCAUUUGGGCGGAAGGCGAUGUACACAAGAGGCAGCGAAAAGUCAUGAAUCCUGCGUUUGGGCCUGCUGAGGCCAAGGCCUUCUUUCCUGUCUUUCUCGAAUACGCAAACCAGUUGGUUGUGAGGUGGCAAGACAUUAUAGCCGAAUCUUCCGAAGGUGGUGCGGUCUUCAAUAUACCAAACUGGCUUGGACGUGCGACGAUGGAUGCUAUAGGCGUUGCGGCAUUCAGUUAUAGGUUCGGGAUGCUGUCUGACGGCGGUAACGAGCUGGCGAAAGCAUACAACAAUAUCCUUCAGGAAACUCAUGGCAGAGCAUCACCAGGCCGAAUUUUAUUUCAGAAUGCUGCACAUCUCAUCCCCCUCCGUGUCAUCGAGUGGAUCACCGACCAUGGAAAAGCAAAACCUAUCACCCGAGCUCGAGAAGUCACUGCUAUGGCCAAUCGAGUAGCAGACGAUCUCCUCGCUCAGCAGUCCGAGGCGGUAUUACAGGGCAGGAGGAGCAGAGAUAUUAUGAGUUUAGUAGGCAAGUCAAAUCUAUCCGAGGAUAAGAAGUCUCGAAUUGAUAAAGACGAGCUCUAUUCACAACUAAGAACAGUGAUGCUUGCAGGAUACGAGACGACAUCUAAUAGCUUGAGUUGGACACUUUACGAAUUAGCGAAACACCCUGAUCUACAGACACGACUUCGUUCUGAGAUAUUGCAUACCCAAGGACGAGUCAGAGCAAGAGGAGACGAAUUCUUUUCCUUAGCUGAUUUCGACGAUAUGCCGCUCACUACUGCUGUCAUCAAGGAGUCUCUCCGGAUGCAUCCCGUCGCACAUCAAAUGUACCGACAGACGUCCAAGGACGACAUUUUCCCCCUCAGCAAGCCUAUCCGGAUGCUAUCCGGCAAAUUAGUCCACGAGAUUUUUGUGCCGAAGGGUACGCGCCUCAUCGCUGCCGUUGCGGCUUACAAUCGAAACAAGGCUGUCUGGGGUGCAGACGCCGAUGUAUUCAACCCUGAAAGGUGGAUUCAAUCUCCGGAUGGCGGACGUGCGUCAGGCGCCGCACCUGUUGGUACCUAUGGCAACCUUAUGACCUUUGGCGGUGGAGUGAGAGCAUGCAUAGGAUGGAGGCUUGCCGUUGCGGAGAUGCAAGCGUUCGUUGUUGAGCUCGUCGGCAGCUUCAAAUUCUCUUUGACGGAAGAAGCGAAGAACAUCAGGAGAGACGUGGCCCUGGUCAUGAUUCCCACCGUCGAGGGCCAGAUUGACAAGGGGAUGCAGCUGCCUCUGAGAGUGACCUUAGCUCUUGAGGAAUGA